GGUUCUUCGGCCCUGACCGAAAGCGUCGACGGACCGGACCACACACAGUCGACAUCCACUACUCCACACCCCCACAACACAUCCAGUCGGCGACACCAUGACCCGCCGCCGCCGCCGCCGCGGCGCUCGCCCCGCCUCGGCCCCGGCGGCGCUGGAAGACGACGACCUCCUACGGAAGAUUUUCCUCCUCCUCCCGCCUCAGCCCUCCACCCUUCCCCGCCUCUCCGUCGUCUGCAAGCAGUGGCGCGACGUCGUCACCGACCCCCAAUUCCUCCGCGGCUUCCGCGACCAACACCGGAAACCUCCCCUCCUCGGCCUCGUAAUGGGCCACACCGGGCACCGCUACUUCAGGUCCGAUCUCGACCCUCCAGACCACAUCCCGCACGAGCGCUUCUUCCCUCGAGACAUCCGCAGCAUGAACAUGGACAUAUUCGACUGCCGCCAUGGGCGCGUCGUCUUCUUCGCCCAACAGCUGGGCGAGGUCGUGCUGUUUGACCCCGCCACGGGAGGCCGCCGUUGUGUGGUCGUUCCACCAGUGUUUACCGGAAAGGAGAUUGGCGUCUUCAACGCCGCCGUGAUUUGCGUUUCCGGCGACGAAGGCCACGUGCACGGCGAUUGCCACACCAGCCCAUUUCAGGUGGUCUUGAUGGGCAUCAGUGACGACUAUAGACAAGCUUUCGCCUCUGUCUACUCAUCGGAGUCUGGCAUAUGGGGCGAUAUCAUCUCCAUUGAGAAUCGUGAGAUGUAUGAUUUGAGGCAACCCAGUACACUUAUUGGAAAUGCCCUUUACUGGUUGUUUCCUGGAGAUGUUGGGGAAGGCAUACUGGAGUUUGAUUUGGGUAGGCAGAGCCUAGCCAACAUAGAGAUGCCGCACGGUCUGGAGUACUAUAGGCAUCGCAGUCUUCAGGUCAUUUUAGCAGACGAUGGCUGUGUCGGCCUCGCCAUUUUGUCGUGCUAUAAAUUUGAAAUGUGGGAGAGGAAGGUCAGUUGUGAUGAUGGUGUUGCUGGAUGGGUAUUGCAGAAGACCAUUCAACUGAACACGAUCCUUGGAUUGGGGCCUAUGGGGGGACUGCACAAUUUAUUAAUGGGGUAUGAUGAAGUUGAUCAUGUGAUUUAUAUAAGGACGGACAUCGGUUUCUGCAUGGUUCGACUUGAGUCAAUGCAGUCCAGGAAUCUCGGCAAAGAGAAUUUCAGCAAUACUGCCUAUCUUCCCUACAGAAGUUUCUAUACUGCAGUGAGUGACUUGGCGGUAUGCGAGAGGGGGACUGGUGACCUCUUUGCACCUCUUGCGGAUGAUUACCUCCUUGCUUCAUGGGGUGUAGGAGCAGUAGGAGGUAACGAAGCAGCUACCUCGAGUGAAACCUUACCGGAAGGAGGAACGUUCGGCAAGCCAAAGCACGAAGAUCAAGGAAUGGAUGCAGAUCUUGUGCCUAGCCGGGUACUCAAGCAAACUCGAAUUGAUGUGAUGUUCAAGAAGGAGACGGAGACAAGAUCAAAACUUAGCAAAGCUUGGGCAAAAUGGUUUCGGAGCAAUGGUGUUCCUGGAAAUAAAGCAGACUGCCCACACUUCCGUAGUGCCUUGAAGCUAACACAGGAGCUAGGUACCCGCUUCAUUGUUCCUACAGGCAACGAAAUAGACGGUGCAGAUCUGGAUGCCAGUGAUGAAGAACUUCCAUAGGUAUUUGGAAGGCAGACUGCUUGAGGAUAUGGGAAGUUUAACUAGUUUAUAUCAUAUUUUGGACAAACAGAUUUUGGCUAUGAACUGAUGAUCCAUGCUUUUGUAAGUUGGGUGUAGGGCUAGUUGAGUAAUGCUUCAUGAAAGUGUACUGAGGCCUUUUGACCCUUGUUCCUCGUGAAGAUGCCAGCUCGUUUCUGUUAUUUUCUUUUUUCUUUGUUAAGUUGACUAAAUUUUUAAUAAGAUCCUUGUCUAUUAUGCUA